GGAAGAUAUAAAAACCCGAGCAACAAUCAACUUACUAAGUAUAUUAACUGAAAAUGUUGCGCCAUCUUGUGCUCGCUUGCUUUAUUAGUUCCACUCUUGGGGAUGGGCCGCCAUCCAAUCGCAUUGUAGGUGGCGCACAAGCAGCCCGCCAACAGUUUCCCUUUGUGGCGGCACUGCACACCCAACAGGGGGAACAAGUUUGUGGAGCAGUCAUUGUUAGUGACCGUUGGAUUCUAACAGCAGCCCACUGUACAAUAGGUGUGCGACCCCAUAUGCUCCAGGUAAUGGUGGGAUCAAUCGAUCGCACAAUCGGUGGACAAUUGUACGAUGUGGAGCUGAUAAUCAACCAUCCGGACUUCAAUCAGUUCACACUGAACAAUGAUAUUGCCUUACUGAGGACAAUCAGACCCAUCGAGAUGAGCACAACGGUACAGCCGAUUAAGAUGGGUGAAUCGCCGGUAUUGGAUGGACAAAUUGGAACAGUGUCGGGAUGGGGAAUGGUAGAUGAACGAAUGGAAGCGGCCGUCAUGCUGCAGUUUUUGGAUGUUAGAACCCUGAACUACCGUGACUGUGCUAUGAGGCAUAACUACCACAAUGCGAAUAAGAUCCAUAGCAGUAGUUUGUGCACGACAUCACUCUUCGGUCAAGGGACCUGCAUGGGGGAUUCUGGUGGCCCGUUGGUUGUCAAUCACACUGUUGUUGGAAUUGUUUCAUGGGGUGUCCCUUGUGCAACCGGAAUUCCAGACGUUUUCACGAGUGUACCAAGCCAUCGGGCAUGGAUACGGAGCACCGCUGGCAUAUGAACUAGAAGCUGGAAAUUGAUUCACCAUAACAUCAAAACAUCAAACUAUGAACAGAAAAAUGUUAUUGUGCGAUUCUUCCGAACAGCCGAUACAUUUAAUUUUCUUCUGCACUGAAUAAAAUAAACUUAU